AAGCUUUAUAUAUCCGUGCCUUUGCUCAGUGUAACCAGAGGCACAUUAUUUGAGAUUCCGGUGCGACUUACAAGACUUAUUGAAGAAAAUAUCCAACGAAAGUCAUAUUCAGCAAAGUAUUCGAACAACCAGACGAUGAAGCUGAUAAUUAGACUGAUGAGCGGACUUGUGAAGCAUCUGGAAGUGGACGGUAAUACCACGGUUGGCGAACUCAAGCGGCUGAUUUCUCAGCACUUCGGAGAGCCUCCUAACAAACAGAAGCUGUCUGCCGAUAACGGUACCCGUAUCAGCCUUGAGGAUGAUUCUAGGACCCUCAGCAGUUACGGAUUGCACUCUGGAUCAGUGGUCAGUCUUCUCAUCACCAACCCUGGACCUUUCCAAGUGUUCGUCAGGAAUGAGAAGGGCCAGACCGGAACGUAUGAAGUUGAUGUCAACGAGACCGUAGAUCAGCUUCAGGCUAAGAUCUACCGCAAAGAGAGAGUCCCUGUGGACCAGCAGAGACUGAUAUUCAACGGAAGGCAACUGGAGUCUGGCAGAAAGUUGCAGGAAUACGACAUCGCCUCAGGAAGCACCAUUCACAUGACUCUCCGUCUGCGAGGAGGCUGAUCGGUUAAAUGUGUGAAAAAAGGACUAAAAAGUGUUGUUGUUGUUAUAUGUGAUGUAAAUACGAUAGGCCUAUUAUACUCGCUAUCAAUGUUGUGGGUUUUAUUUUCAUAAUGUCUUUAGAACACAUGUAAUUCCAUUGCAUUAACCUGCUGAUGUCUUCAGGGUAACCAUUUCAGGUGUCCUUUACAUGUGUAAUUACACUGUAAUAACACCUUAAAAUAAAGUGUAACCGUCUUCAGAACUCAUGUAGGCUAAUUCCAUUGUAUCUAUCUGCAUUUUGUUCUGUAUCUUUCAGCAUUAUGAAUGAUCCUUCACUGUGACUAAAAUAAUAAAUGCUCCAAUCAUUCCCAAGAA